AUGUUUUUCCCAACUCUAUCUUCGUGGUGGAGUGCUAGCUCUGCCGUCAACGAGCAUGCCAUCCAAGACGCUAUGGAACAGCUCCGUGAGCUCGAGCUUCGGAUCGAAGUGCUUUCACCCGUGCUAGACCUCUACCACGCACGGGUGAUCGACUACUGGGUGAGCGCGCGCGGCAGUAUGUCAACUUCGUCUGGGGAUGUUCUGCUCGGACGCGAACUGGCGGACGAACGCUUAGUGCUCAUAACCCGCUUCUGGACGAUAUAUGCAGAGCUCAUUCUCAUUGGGCACAAGGUGUACAAAAUACCGUCUGGCGCGAAGCAUGCCUGUGAAGCAUUUGAGAGGCGAGUUAGAUUUGUUGCAGUUGGUGUGGAGUUGGCUGAAUCUUGCACUCUCUGUAGAUUGAUCAAUCAGCUCACCGCGUUACGAUAUCCGCCCCGCCCCAUUGAUACAUUCUCUUAA